GCUCUCAUUCCGCGCACGUUCCGCCUCCCUCCCAGCGGCAGGUGCAGCAGCAGCAGCGGCAGCAGCGGCAGCAGCGUCGCGUUUCGCUCCUCCGCCCGUGGGCCGCCUCGAGCCGUCGACUGGAACGACGCCUCCGUCACGUGGUGCCCCCCCCCUCGCUCGUCCGUGCGCGGUGCUGCGCGCAUCGCCAUCAGCAACAUCAGCACCGCCGUCACCACGCCCCACGCCUCUGUCGCGAGCAUCUCCCCCUCCUCCAAUCGUCGUCGUCGUCAUCAUCAUCAUCAUCCCUAUCACUGGCACCUUCACCACCACCAUCACAACCGUCAGGUCCAUCACCAACCGCAGCACGCAUCUCCGAUUCACAUCACCCAUCAUCCUCACUCACAUCCUUCAUCGUUACCGACUUCGUCACACACGCCCAUCAUCCAUACACCCAUCUCCAUCAUCACCAGCACCAAAAUCAUUCAUCAUCCAUACACCCAUCUCCAUCGCCACACGCAUUCACCUCCAUCACCACCAUCAUCCAUCACCCCAUCGCUGCUUCCUCGCUAUCUCUCAUCUCGCUCUUUGCCCGCGGGGAGGGGGGGUAGGGUGGGGGUGGUGCCGGUCGAGACGCCGUGGCGAUGUCGGCAGGAGAAGCGAGCUCCGCGCAGGUGGAGAAUGGAGCCGAGGCGGCUGAGACGGCUGAGACGGGAGGAGCGGGAGGAGCUGGAGGUGUAUCAGGAGGCGGUGGGGCAGGAGAAGCCCCCGUGGACCCCAGGGAGCUGGAGGAGGCGUUCCGUCGCUUCGCGCUGCACGGAGACCCCAAGGCGAGCGGCGCGGAGCUGAACGGCAAGAACUGGGCCAAGCUCUGCCGCGACUGCCGCGUGGCGGACGGGAAGCGCGUGACGGCCACCGACGUGGACAUCGUGUUCUCCAAAGUGAAGGAGCGCACGGCGCGUGUCAUCACGGUCCCCCAGUUCCUGUCGGCGCUGGAGGAACUCUCCCGCAAGCGCUUCCCCAGCCGCGAGCCGGAGCACGCGCUGAGGGGGGUCCACGGCCUGGUGGCGGGGGGAGCGCCCGCCAUCGCGGGGGUCACGAAGGCGACGAGCGCGGGCGCUGUGAGUCGCCUGACGGACGCGAGCCGCUUCACGGGGAGCCACCGCGAGCGGUUCGACGAGGCCGGCCGAGGCCGGGGCCGCGCGGGCCGCGAGGAGGCAGUGGAUCCCAGCGGCUACGUCGCCUCCUACAGGGGCGCCGGCACCUACCACGACAAAGCCAAGGGGGGGAAGUGACCCCCCCCCCGCCCUUGCCACCCCCCGCCCUCCACCCUCGAUCCUCCCCACCCUCGCCACCCCUCCCCCACCCUCGAUCCCCCCCACC